AUGUCAUCAUGGCUAUCGGAUACAGCCUCUUCACAUCGCCUACAGCUGGGUCUGACCGCGGUAUUAUCAGGAUGCAUCGCGGCGAGUGCUGUGAUCGGAUUGCAAGAGGCCCGACGAAGAUAUAAUGUAUACGAUCUCAAGGACUCAAUACCGGAUUUGGACUCUCCUCAUGACAUCGAACGGGUUCGUGCAGACAUGCGACGAGGAUGAGCACGGGCUGACUGACCCCAAGCCGUAGAUCAAUGACUUCGGUGGCGCGGAGCCAGAAACAUUAGAACAUCAUCGAGACGACGAGAAAAGCGCUGCUCUGGCUCGAAGGGCCAGAUUAGGCGACUACGAUGAGGGUGAGUGUGAUGGCGCGCUCUUGGUGGCACGGCUCAUAUGCUAAAGGAACGAAACGGACAGAUCUGAUCCUUGAGCAACUCGCUCGCAAUCGCGUCUUCUUGACCGACGAAGGACUCGCGAAACUCCGAAAAGCAUUCGUGAUUGUCGUAGGUUGUGGUGGGGUAGGAUCACAUGCUACCGCGGCGCUCGCGCGAUCCGGGUGUGGAAGAUUGCGCCUCAUCGACUUCGACCAAGUGACCCUGAGCUCCCUCAACCGACAUGCGGUGGCCACACUGGCGGACGUGGGAACGCCAAAGGUUCUCUGCCUCCAGAAGCGGCUCGAACAGGUCGUACCCUGGACACAUUUCGAUUGCAGGAAUCAGCUCUUCAAUGAGGCGUCAGCUUCCGACCAGUUGGCUCCCUGGGAGGAUGGUCAGGAGCCGACAUUUGUGAUUGACGCCAUCGACAACAUCGAUUCGAAAGUCGCGCUCCUACAUUACUGCCACACGAACCAGAUCCCGUGCAUCUCUUCCAUGGGCGCCGGUUGCAAGUCUGAUCCGACCCGAGUCUUCAUCGGCGACAUCUCCGCCUCGACCGACGACCCACUCUCCCGCACAACACGAAGGAAACUCCGCAUGCGCGGCGUGAAAGAUGGCAUCCCCGUCGUGUUCUCGUCCGAAAAGACCGGGCCCGGCAAAGCACAACUCCUCCCACUACCCGAAGAUGAAUUCCAGAAAGGCUCCGUCGGAGAACUGGGUGUCCUGCCCGACUUCCGCGUCCGCAUCCUCCCCGUCCUCGGCACCAUGCCCGCCGUCUUCGGUCUCUGCGUUGCCAACCACAUCAUGCUGGCCAUCGCAGGCUAUCCACACGACUACCUCGCGAGCAAAUCCCGCGACAAGAUGUACGAAGGCAUCCUCGCGCAAUUGCAAGGGCUGGAAGAGCGCGUCGCGAAACACCACGGCUACGACCCCGUGGGCCUGCGACUGCCCAUCACGGCCGACGACGUCGGAUACGUCGUGGAGGAAGUCUACCGCGGCCGCAGUGUCGUCUCGGGGCUCGCGAGUCGACUCGCGCUCGUGCGGUGGCAGCCGCCGUCGUCGGAAGGAGGCGGCGACACGUGGAUCGACACCAGCAGUGCGCCCGGCCAGAAAGCCGACCGUCUCGCCCUGGGGGAUCUGGUAUGCAUGACCAAGGACGAAAUGCUGAAGCAUGAGAAAUUGGUCCUCAGGGAAGGCCGGUCGGUGGGGGAAGUGUAUGAUGCGGAGGUCAUUGCGCUUGUCGCCAAGCGACAGGAGGAAGAAAGGAAGUUCCGUGUACAGAGAUGA